CAAGUGGGGCGCGAGUGGCUGCGAUGUCGGGGGCCCGCGAGGUGGUGACGCUUCAGCUGGGCCACUACGCGGGGGCCGUCGGCGCGCACUGGUGGGGACUUCAGGAAGCUUCGUUCUGCUUUGAUCCUGCGGCCACAAAAUUGGAUGAGGGGAUUCACCAUGACGUGCUGUUCCGAGCAGGGAAGACUCCUCAGGGGCAAGAGACCUACACGCCCCGCCUCAUCCUCAUGGACCUCAAAGGGAGCCUGAGCUCUUUGAAGCAGGAGGGUUCCUUGUACCAGGAUGAGAAAACGAACACGGCUGUAGCGUGGAAGGGGAAUCUGACGACGCACCGAGAAGACCCGUCCCCUGCGAACCCCUUCCUUCAAGGCCUCGACAGACAAGAGGGCAACAGAUCUUCCAAUGGCGACUUUACUUCUAGAGCCCUUCCUGGUGACAGGCCUCCGCGCCCGGAGAGGCAGGAUGUGGCUCCGAAGACACCUCGCUCAGGGCCUGCGAUGCACGUUUGGUCGGACUUCCUCCGGACGCACCUGCACCCUCGUAGUAUCUUAACCAUCCACCAGUACAAUCACGAAGGAGAAUCCAGCCGGCUCGAGGCCUUUGGGCAAGGGGAACAGCUCCUGCAAGACAGCACGUACCUCGAGGAGCUCGAAGACAGGCUGCACUUCUACGUGGAGGAGUGCGACUACCUGCAGGGGUUCCAGGUACUCUGCGACCUGCACAACGGGUUUUCGGGGGUCGGGGCGAAGGUCACUGAGCUGCUUCAGGAUGAAUAUGCAGGGAAGGGAGUCCUGACUUGGGGGCUGACGCCGGUGCUUAAGUCAACUAUUCCGCAGAGGAGUCUCUACAGGCUCAUGAACACGGUCCUGGGGAUGGUCCAUCUUUCCCGCCACAGUUCGCUCUUCUGCCCCUUGUCACUGAACGGGAGCCUGGGGCUCAGGCCGGAGCCCCCCGUGACACUGCCCUACCUGUACUACGACGCAUCCCUGGACUAUCACACGAGCGCCAUCCUGGCCACAGCGCUGGACACGGCUACAGCUCCCUACCGGCUCCAGUCCUCGGCCAUCUCUAUGGCUCACCUUGCUGAAGCCCUGAAUUUUUCAGGGAGAAAGGUGGCAGCUGCUGUGGCUGCCAUCCCAUUCCCUGUGGCACCAGAACAAUCCCUCCCCGAUGCGUUGUGCGGCCUGCAGCCCGCCGGGCCCUGGAGCUCGCUGUCUUCAUGUGCUGAACAACCAGAGAGCCACUGUUUUGCCCAGUCUGUGGUGCUGCGAGGAAUCAGCAAGCCCUACCAAGUCAGCAAUUCCCCGCCAGGCCUGGAACCCAAGUCUGUCCUCCACAUGUGUGAGACGGGGCAGGAGGUGCUCGCCCGCUACUUGCACACCGUGUCGCCCAGAACGUUCAGCACGUGCCACUUACUGCAACGCCCGUGCAAGCUGCUGGCCCCGUAUCCCCAGAUCUUCUCCCCUCUCCUGAGCAAGCAAGGAUUCCUCCUGGAGAAGCCCUCACGCCCCUCAGCAACUGCCGAAAGCAUCCCUGUCUUUGCUGCCCUCCAGUCCUCUGCUACGCUGCGUCGAACCCUCGGCAGUUUUUACAGAGAGCUGCGUCAAGUGGACGUCCGGCGGUGGGACAGCUUUUUCUCCGCCGGAGUCGAAAUGGACGAUUUCCAGGAGACCUUGGAGGAGCUGCGGACACUGUCCCACUGUUACAGGGAGAGCAGCUCAACAGACGAUUCCGAGGACGAUACAGACUGAUCCCUUCCUGCAAUGCCCUGGAACGGAAGAACUUCUACGAGCCUCUGACCGCAUUUAAAAAUACUGCUAACUAAUAAACUCGCUAAUGCAA